CGUCUUCCCACGAGAGAGAGGAGCUCGCUUUGAUUCUCAAUGAUAACAGAUAUCAUGAUGACAUCCCAGUGUAGGGGCACAACCAGGCAGCCCAAGGAAGGAGAGGUCCCGGGGGUGGAUUAUAAUUUUGUGACCGUUGACCGGUUUGUGGAACUGGAGAAAAGCGGAGCCCUGCUAGAGAGCGGAACGUAUGAAGAUAACUUUUACGGCACCCCGAAGCCUCCGGCCGAGCCCAGCGCUCUGCUGCUCAAUGUAACGGACCAGCUGCUGCCGGGCGCCAGACCCAGCUCCGAGGGCAAGAGGAAGCGGAACAAGUCGGUCAGCAACAUGGAGAAAGCCAGCAUCGAGCCCCCCGAGGAGGAGGAGGAGGAGAGACCAGUCGUCAACGGCAACGGCAUCGCUCUCACCCCAG